CCAAGUUCGUCCUCAUUCGGUGUUAGUCAGUGGAGGCGUUCAGACGUGUUUGGGUAGUCUUGAUCCGAGCAGUUUAGUAGAAAAUUUAAACUUACUUUUACCUUCAAAGUUAAUACAGUAAAAAAAACCAAUCAAAAAUGGCAGAUGCAGCAGUAGAAAACAAAGAAGUCCCAGUCGUUGAGAAGGAAGUUGAAGAAGUUGCCGAAAAGGUAGCAGCAGAGAAACCAGAAAAUGGAACAGAAGAAGCCGCCAAAGAAAAUGGUGAUUCGGAGAAACCGGAAGAAGAGGCCAGCCCAGCGGCUGAAGAAGAAGAUGAUGCCUCAAAUGGUGAUAGCAAGAAAGAUGAGGCCAACGGCGAUUCCACAGACGCACCCGCUGAAGCCGUCAAGAGGAAAGUUGUCGGCGACGUGAGCGAAACCACCGAAGAAGUUUCUCCCGAAAAGAAGGCCAAAUUGGACGAUUCAAAAGAAGUCGAAACCAACGGUGCAGAAUCGACAGAAGUAGCGGCAUAAAGAGUGUUUUUAUUUUAUAUAUAAUUUACUAUAUAUAUGUAAAAACAAACGAUUCCCCCCUCCCAGUUCCCUGUACUAAGAAGGAGAAAAGAGCGACUAUUGACCCUCUUUCGUCCUUUCUCAUCGUCUAUCUAAAAUAUCUUCGAUUAGUAGGUUCAGUUUUAGUAUUGUAAUUUAUGUUUUAAGGAAAAUUUAACUAGAAAUGAAUGAAGAAAAACAGACAUUAACAAACACACAGCAAUUUAUCAAUAUACAAACAUUAAAUGUACACUCGAAGGAGAGUCCGAAAAACCGCAAACAAAACAGGAAAUAAGAGAAGAAAAAGUUUACAUUUUUUAUGGGAAUAUAUCAGAUGUAUAAUAUAAUUUAUAAAAUGUAACCAAACCGCGAGAAUAUAUAGAGGGAAACACGUAACAGUUGACCACACACACAAAAAACAAAAAAACAAAAAGAAACCGAAGAAGUGCGCAUAAAUGGUGAACUACUACGAGAGCUCUUUGGGUCCUUUGGUGAUAUUCAGCAAAGUCCCCAGGGACAUGAUUAAAAACUUUCUUUUCGGAAUAUAACAGCAAAAAAACUACAUACUGCCGAUCGUAUCACUACUAACAGUAAAAUAUAGAAACUUUUGGACAAGAAUUUUGCGUUAUAUAUAUAUACAUGCAACAAGCAAACGGCGUAUACUUAAUCCAAUUUUUUUUUUUUAUUAUUUCUCUUUUUAUACGAAACUUGAACAGAGUCUUUAGUUUUUCUUGAGGAAGCAAAGUGUAGAAGUGAUUUUUGAUUUGAUUUCGUUUUUGUCCGUUCAUCGAACAUCCUUUCAUUUCUGUGUUUUAGUAUCUCAUGUAAAAAAGAAAGAAAGAAAAAAACAUUCCUAACAAGAAAAUAUCAAAGAAUCAAGCAAAACAACCAUUAAAAAACACAACGAAGCUCUUAUCUCUUGCUGCGACUGUCUGAACGCCUGUCUUCGUAUCUUUUCGCCAAGGCCAAGAACAUCGGCAAGUUGUUCCCUCCCUCAACAGGGACAACGUCGGCAGGAGGCGGAGAAAAAGGGAGCGCAUCAAGAGGUGGUGCUCUCGCUGCUGCUGAGUGGUAGAAUGAUGUAUAGAAUGUGACACUAACACACAUUUUCUUUAAUUCUUAAUUUUUUACUUGGAAUUCCUAACAAGAGAAAAAAACUUUGUGUUUAUUUAUAAGGUGAAGAAACAAAUGUGUAAAAUGAAACUAUUGAAAAAUGUGAAGAAAAA